UUGUUGUGUCAAAGUUGAAAACAAGUUGUAACGGGCGAUUUUGGAAAUAUAAUUUUAUCUACUAGUAUUAAGUUGACGAGAGAUCAAACUUGAGCUUUUCUAAUUAUAAAUUGUUAUGUCUGUAUUGUGAUUGGUGUGAAUUUUACCCGUUUCAUUAUGGAUCCCUUUACUCAGCGUAUGUUAGAACGAGCCCGAGCCAGACAAGAGAAAAUAGAUCAAAAACUAGCAAAUUCGGGCCAAACAGUCCCUAAGCGGAAACCGUUAGCCGAAAAUAUUGAUUUAGUAAAAACCAAGGCGUCCCCAGUAAAAUCACCUAGUAAACCAGCACGUGAAUCAUUAUCAUCCCCUAAAAGGACUGCUAAAGAGCCAACUAAUAAUGACACUCCUGUGAUAAAAAGGGUUAUUGAGAAGACAGAACGUAUAGUAUCAACGCCUCAAAAGCCAAGGAACGAUGUCAUUGUAACGAAAAAAGAGUUUAAAAGUCCGAAACGAGGCAGUUUGACGAGGAGAAACUCUGAUGUAUCUGUGGAAAUCAACAUCUCUCACAGAAAUGAUAUUCAAAUUGAGGUCCAAGUGGAAGAACGGGAUGCCCCUAUAAGCAUCGUGUAUGAUCCAGACUUGGGAACAGGAAAUAAUGUAGUUAUUAAAGAAAUUGAAGACGAAGCAUCAAAAGAAGAGACAAAUGUACCUGAUAUGACCGAUAAUAAGACUGAGAAAUCAAAUGUACGAAACAAUUUCAAAUCAAGAUUGGAUAGGCUUGGAAAUUUAUAUUCUGAUAAACCCGAUCUGUCAUCACCAAUACAUAGAACAGAGCUGGAUUUCUCAGCAGCUACACCCCCAAAAGAAGUGAAACCGACUUAUCAGCCAAAACAAGAAGGCAAAAAGAAGUUUGGUCGACUGGCAGCUCUUGCCGAUCAGAUAAAUAACUGGGAGGACGACCUGAGCCAUCAUACUUUUCAACAACCAGAACCUAAAAAGCCCGCGCAAGCUAAGAAAUUCGUAAAGGAAGAGAAGUUGGACGCCUCGACGCUGGAUGUAUCCAUCCACUCUUUCAAGGACAUCAACACUGUACUACAGUCAGCUACUAAAGCUAAGCCCAAUAGCAAGAUUAUGAAAUCGACGGCAAACGAAUGUCAGAGACUCAACAAAGAAAUAGUUGCAGAACUGGAGGGAGACGGGUACCGGCGCGUCUCGGCCACCCAAUCGCGGCUCGUUUAUGAUUUCGCCGCGACGUUACCCGAACGCAACCGACAGGCGCCGGCGAGUGCAUCGACAACCCCCAGUGCAACUCCAGCCCCCAACAUGGCGACUAUGGUGGCCGCGCCGCCGACCGUCACGAAAAAACCGUCAAUUAAAAAAUAUAAGGCACCGACGCCGCCGGUCAGCGAGGAGAACUGUGACAGCGAUAAGGACAAAGAGAACAACGUUGUGGAUCGCGAAGUGAACGACAACACGGAUUGUAUACAAACACGGCAAGACAACAAGCCGGCUAGCCCAGCUGUGAAGAGAUUAGCGCCCAAAUCGAGCGGCAAUGUUGACAGGAGCUCUGUGCUGUCGAAGGCGGCGAUGUUCGAGGCCGGCAGCCCUAGGGCGAAGGAGAAGGACCCGGCCGAAAUGUCGUUACGCGAACGCAAAGCGCUGUUCGAGAAGAAUAAAGGGACGAUAAUAGUACCGAAGGCACCCUUCGGACUUGCGCCCUCAAUAAAAACACUGCACGGCGACAAAGACAAGCCAAAACCUGUCCAACAAAAGACGCCGACUAAAAGCACGGAAAGCUCUAGAACAAAUUCAAAAGACAGUCUUGCCGAGGACAAUAUUAGCCAGAGUUCCUUGGGCGGUGGCAUAAAGGGCAAGCUGGCUGCGCUAUUCAAUAAGGAGCAAACGAUAAGCGAGACGACAAUAGCGAAUAAAUUCAAGCAGGAGAGGGAGAAGGAGAUGGAGAUGCUGCAGAACAGAUUCCAUUAUAAGCCACCACCACCAGCAAAACCUCAAGACAAUGACUCGGAUGACGAUCACAGCGAGAAUGACCCGUCAGAGAAAGCGCCCCUCAUGGGAAGUACUACAAGUCUAGCUCAGAAUAGGAAACCUGAAAUUAUAUCCAAUGUACCCAAAGCGACUGUUGAGGUGCCAGAGGAGAGGAUUAAGGAAGAAGAUAAAGUUGUUGGAGCGCAACCAAUAAAACGGAGAAGUUCGCAACAAGACUCGCCAGUAGUCCUAUCAGUAUUAGAGGAUGUGAAGCGGAUAAAAGUGAACAGUAAAGAGGCCAACGGUACCAUAGUCCAGCAGCCGACGGGCCUAUACCCGCAUCUGUCGGACAUAGAAACGGAUAACUCAAACACGCAAGAGGAGUACUCGGAUUGCGGUGGCUCUAGCGAAGAGAAUAUUCCAGAAAAACUGAACAAAUCUGAUAAUUGGGCUGACACAUCGUUUGGACGAGAAGUUAUGAAUGUGGUAAAACGGCACAACACCAGCUACAAGAAGGCAGUGCAAAGCGAUUCGGAGGAGAGCGCGUGCGACAGUGAACUGGACGAGCUGCUAGAUGAAGCGCUGGAGAAUGAGGGACCCACACCGCCCAAAGUGAACAAGGUGAAUGAGGGCUGCCUCUCAUCAUCAAGUUUCGUGUAUCAGGACAAGGCGCAGUUCAAGUCGCCGCUCAAGAGUCAGCCGCUGGCCACGCCCGUCAGACUCGACAAGGGCAACGAGCUGGUGCAUAGCGUGAGCUUUUAUCGGCGAAUGCAAGCGUCGACAACACCGACCACGCCGCUCCGCACGAUCCGGCACACGUCGCCGGAGCGCGAGCCGCCCGCCACGCCGGACGAGCCGACGGUCAACGUGACGACCGUCCGGCAACGUAUCAAGGAGCUGCAGAACGAGAUUAGCAAACAGCAGACGGUUAUAUCGCAGGCUAGCCAAGCGCUGAAUCUUUGCGCUGCUACCAUAGAGUUUAGUGGGUCCACUGAACAAGCCGAGGGUGAAAGACUUCUGCUUUUAGCGACGCACCGCCGGCAAGCGUGUUUGCACGAGGUUCAGAGGCUGCAAGUGGAAGGGGCGGGGCCGGCGAGCUCGGCGGGCAUGGCGUCGCUGACCUUGCGCAACAUCAGGGUGCCCUUGCGCAGGGAUUACGUGCGACAAUUGCAUGCGGAUGGCGCGGUCGGCCACCACGCGGUGUGUCUGCUGAAGUGCCGCGACCGGGUGCUGGCGAGCAGCAUGCAGCUGACGAAGCCGAAUGCGCCGCUACUGUUCCCGGACGAAAUUCGUAUGGAUGGAUUGGCGAGUGAUUUCAAGGUGACAGUUGAAGUGUACUUACUGCAGGCGUCCAAGGAGCUUCUGCCGCAUGAUGUUAAAUAUCACAUUUCUAAUAAAAAGGGCAACUCAAAACUCCUGACGCCAAAGUCGAAAGUGUCAGAAUUGAAAGCACCGCGCGUGCAGAGUCCAGGUGGGCCCAACUCGGUGCGGAGUCCGCAGUUCCAAUUGCAUGGAUAUUGUAUAUUCGCGCUGCAGCAGGCCAAUAGGAAGACGUUUACAUUGAAUAAGGUGCCGUGCGGCAGCCCGCUGGAGGGCGCCGUGCACACGGACAUCUCGGCGCGGGUGCGCGUGCGCGCGCCGCCGCCGCACUGCGCCUUCCUCACCGCCUUCGACGACGUGAGCGGGCUGGGCGCCUGGCACCGCCGCUGGUUCCGCCUGCGCGCGCCGCGCCUCGCCUACUGGAAGUACCCGGACGACGUGCACAAGAAGAUGCCGAUCGGCGACAUCGACCUGGCCACAGUGAUCUCGGACAGAGUGGUGAAGGCGCCGCGGGACCUUUGCGCCCGACCCAACACCAUCCUGCUCGAGACCUCCGUCCCGGCCGGCCUCAUCGUCCCCGACACCGGCUCGCUCGUGUACUGCAAGGGGCCGCGUGGGGACGUGCGCCGGCGCCACCUGCUGGCCGCCGACACGCCCAACGACAGGGACCAGUGGCUGGACGCGCUGAACGCGGCCUUGGAGUAUGUUAGGUGCUGUGUGGAUGAUGAGGAAUGAGUUUCGGUGGGUUUUCGAUUUGGUGUGGUUAAAGAGAUAAGUUGGUUAGCGUGAGCGGGGGCUAAUGACUGCGUUCUUUUGAUAAUAUGAAUAAUAGAUAGUGCUUUAUAAUUAAUUAUAUUUAAAAGUUUUAUCUUAUAACAGAUUUGUACUCUCUCUCUCUCUCUAUCACUCUCAAAAUUGGGAAUAAUGAAACAAAAUUAUAAUUUCUUUUCUAUAAUUUUUUUUGAAAACAAGAUUAGCAACAAAUUAUUCUCGAUGAUGUCCAUUUUUAAAUAUAUACGUGAAUAUCAUUUUGCUUCAGUAUGAUGUACUUUAUUUUAAUUUUAAAUUAAUAACACUGCCUCUUAGUUUUAUAAGUUUGUAAUUUUUAUUUCACUUGCACUGUUCGUUCCAUACAUUAUAAUGGGAGUGUUUAAUUAUAAAUUGUAUAAUGUUAAUGAAAAU